CAGGCGCAAAGCCCAGUUCGCUUAAAAACGUGAACGUGUCCAUACACGAGCGCACCGUUAUUUCCUAUAGCAGAUUCGCAGGCAGCAGAUUCGCGCGUGGAAAUUCUCACCCUCUCUCCCUCCGGCGACGUGUUGUUGUUCUUGUGCGGGCAACUCGCCUUUUUUGGGGGCGGGGCACGCGGGUCAUCGCAAAUCGCAAAUAGCAAAAUCGUUAAUCGUCAUCGGCGAAACGUGUGUGCAGAAUUAAUGAAAUACUCGCGCCGCUUCAUCAAUGAAAAUAAAAUAGAGAAGACUGCACGCCAAAUAGUAUCUCAAAGAUUGCUUCGUAGCUGUGCAUUCGGUUCACGUUGUGUUUAGGCCAACAUUUUUGUUUGACAACCAGUGCGUGGUAACAACGAAGAAGCCCCGAAUUGCCAAUUUAAUCGCGGUUACAAAAUUCUUGCCACAUUAUCCAAAAAACCUGCCGCAUAAAUAAAGGAUUAUACCGGCAGAACGUCAGUGGGGCAGAGAGUGAUUGGAUACACAUGUGUUAGCGGGCGGCCCUCCAUCAACAAUAUGUUUGACGGCAAGUUCCGGCAUUGGAAUUGAAUUUAAUAAAAUAAAUUAAGCCACCGGGCGGAGUGGGUCAAAAACACACACAGUUUGAAUUGUUAAUGAGCAUCGGCAAAAAGUGUUAAAUGCUGAUGACGCUGCCUCUGCCGACGCCGCUGUCGCUGAUUCAACGGUGCUGAAAAGUCAAUUAAAGGCGAAUGCCGGAAUUUAAACUCCAGAGCCAUUGGCGAACUUGGCCAGAACGCAGUUAACGUGGAGAAAAGGAGAGCAGCAAACGAAGAGACGAGCGGCGAAAAGCCAGAAGACAGCGAGCGUGUAAUGAGCAGACGACGGGCAAUUACCAUGUCCCAUCUCGGCCAGGCUUUUGGCCUCGGUCUGGGCCUCUUUCUCGUCUUGGCCACAUUGCAGGGGGCCCGGGGGUUGGCCAACUGCCCGAAUGGCUGCGAGUGCGACGACGACACUUUGAUGGUCAACUGCGGCGAGGGCACCUUGGACGUCCUGCCCAUCGCCCUCAAUCCCGCCAUCCAGCGGCUGGUGAUCAAGAACAACAAGCUGAAGACCAUCGACUCCUCCAUGCAGUUCUAUGCGCAGCUAACCUUUUUGGAUCUGUCUUUUAACGACAUGCUGACCAUCCCGGAGCGAUCGUUUUCGUAUCACGCCAAAUUGCAGGAGCUGCACCUGGACCACAACAAGAUUGGCCAGGUGUCGAACAGGACUUUCCAGGGUCUAUCUACUAUAAGCGUCCUGAAUCUGAGGGGCAACCUGAUUGCCGAACUGGAGUACCGCACCUUCUCUCCUAUGACCAAGCUGGCGGAGCUGAAUCUCGGCCAGAAUCGCAUCAGUCACAUCGAUCCGCAUGCUUUGGAUGGGCUGGACAACCUGAGGGUCUUGUAUCUAGAUGAUAAUACCUUGACUACAGUUCCCGGCGAGCUGACCUUCCAGGCUUUGCACUCGCUGGCGGAACUCUACCUGGGCACCAACUCCUUCAUGACGAUUCCCGGCGGCGCCUUCGAGGAUCUCAAGGGACUGACCCGCCUAGAUCUCCAUGGAGCUGGCCUGCACAACAUCUCGGCGGAGGCUCUGCGGGGUCUGGAGACCCUGCGCUAUUUAGAUCUCUCCGAUAAUCACCUGCCUGCGAUUCCCACGGCAGCGUUACAAAGAUUAGGUCGCCUGGAGCAGCUGAAUAUUGGCCAGAAUGACUUUGAGGUGGUGGCAUCGGGGGCCUUUGCUGGUCUCCGGGAGCUGCGGCAUUUGGAACUCACGGGAGCUCCGCGACUGAGGCGCGUGGAGAGCGGUGCCUUUGGCGGAAAUACCAAUCUGGAGCACCUCAACCUCUCGAGUAACAAGGAGCUGAGUGAGCUGCCCGCCAUCGCGUUGGGUGGCCUGCCCCAUCUCAGCACCGUGGUGCUGAAGGCCAAUCAGCUGAGCAGCCUGGACGAGGGUCUGGUGCCCUGGGCCGAUCUGCAGACCCUCGAUCUCUCGGAGAAUCCCUUCGAAUGCGACUGCCGGCUGCUGUGGCUGCGUCAUCUGCUGGUCAGCCGCAAUGCCACGGGUCAGUUUGCCCAGGUUGUGUGCGCCUAUCCGACGGCUCUGAGGGAUUUGCCCCUGGCCCAGCUGGCUGAACCCCUGCUGGGCUGCGCCCAUGGAGCGGCGAGCAAGCAGGCGAUCAUCGGCAUUCUGGUGGUGGCCUGUGCCGCCCUCAUCACCACCUUGGCCCUGGUGCUCUACACCUGCCGAAGGAGAAUUCGAGAGCUCUUGAAAGGGCACUCUGCGCUGGGCAGGAAGGAGCGCGAGUACCAGAAGACAUUCUCCGACGAGGAGUACAUGUCCAGGCCGGCACCUGGUAGCGGUGGAGUUCACCCUGCCGCCGGUGGAUAUCCCUACUUCGCGGGCAGCACGCGGCCAAUACCCGUGACCGAGCUAUAGCUGGAGGCACCACCCCCGCCUCAGGUGCGGGGUAGGGGUGGUAAUGGUGGCACCGUUCCCAGUGCCGUGGACCAGGCCUCCAACUCCCUCGCCCAGCUCAGCCACAUCCACUACAUGACCAACAACGGCCAGUCGUCUGCCUCCUCGAAGAUGCACCACUCGCAGCAGGACAUGCGUUUGCUCACCUGCAACGGGGGCAAGCCGAUGAAUGCCACCUCGCUGCCACGCCACCGACCGCCGGUGGUGCAGCUGCAGGUGCAGGAGAGCACCUUGUCGCACUACAGCCAGCCACUUGCCAACGGGAUUCGACUCACCCAGGACCACUUCAAUCACAAUCAGCCAGGACAGCAGGGACAGCAGGGUUACCAGAACCACAAUCACCACUAUGGAGGCGUCUAUGCCAAACCCUGCGAUGCGAUGUCCGAGCCGGGAUAUAUCCACAACAACUCGCACUACUCGCUGCCCCUGGAUCACGAUCUGCCACCCAGUCCCACGCCCACUCCACCGCCCCCCGCCUUGCCGCUGCGAAACGGGGUGGGCAUGGCCCUGAUCCACGGCAACACCACUGGGCGCAGAUCGUUCAACAACAACAAUAAUAAUCUGUCCACCCUGACCAACAACAAUCAUCACGGGGGCGGAGUGGGUGUGGCAGUGGGCGGCGGCAACAACAAUGGAAGUCUGAGGCGGUACCACUGAUAUUCGGCCAAGACGUGCGGCACUUUGGGGCGCAACUUCAUCAAAAGCAGGCCGGAACCGGAAAUCGAGCUGCAUUACUUCUACAAGGGUUGAAAGACGGAAAGGGGAUUGAUUGAUCUAAUUUAAUCGGGUUCCAUUUGAUUAUCGCGAUAAUCAAAAGCGGCCCGAAUAUUCAUACUCUAGUUGUAUAUUCCUACGUUACGUGUAUUCAAGCGAAAGCAUUUUGUAUAAAUUAGAAUUUAGUUCGAGAGGUUGUCGUCCGACCAGGAAAAGCGCAGGAAAAACGCAGGUGUAUAUAAGGAAAUCUUGCGCACAAUUUGGCAGGCAGUUGGUAGGUUGGCUAAAAAAUAAAAAAUAAAAUAAAAAUAUUAAAUAACCAACCCGCCGUGCGGCCAUUUCAUUUGCAUACAGUGAUCUUAAUAUUUAAGUUGUGCUUUAAAGCAUUUCAAUUAAUGUAAAUAAUUAGAAGCUUCUCUAAAAAUCAAUAAAACGUCAAAACAAUAUAAAAAAAAAUAAUAACAAAUAAUUUUACCUUAUAAAAUAACAAAUAAGCUACGCGCUUAAGCACCAGUCAUUAAAACUAUGUAUGUAUUUAGCCUAAAGCUAUCACAAAAAAUAUUCCAAAAACAAUGAGAAAAGUCGAAAAUAAAAGGGAAAUAAAUAUGCAAAAACUAAAAUAGAACACAGCAGAUUUUUAUAGUUAAUAGACUCAGUAAAAAAUAAACUACUCAUCGGAAUAAUAAACAGAGAAGAUGUUUACGCAGUGUAAAAUGGAAAUAGCUGAACUAUUGAAAACUCCGAAAUAUUCAUGUAGAAUCUACGCCGCAUUCACAAAUAUGAAUAAGCAAUUUAUGCAACAUAAACGAACACAAAGUAAAUCUAUAUAUAUACGAAUUAUGCGUGUAAAUAAAAAAAAGUGACUAUGCUCGAAAAAACAUA